AUGCCCUUCAGAGCUUUCUGCAAUGAUAUGGGAAUUGAUGAUGCCAUCGGAGGAAAUGUGAGCAAAUAUAUAGUACUUCCAGCUGGAUACUGUGGACUGCCCAAGAAAGGACAUCUCAUUUUUGAUGCUUGUUUUGAAAGUGGUAACCUUGGUCGGGUGGACCAGGUCUCUGAGUUUGAGUAUGAUCUCUUCAUUAGACCUGAUACCUGCAAUCCGCGCUUCCGAGUAUGGUUCAACUUUACUGUGGAAAAUGUGAAAGAAUCACAGAGGGUCAUUUUCAACAUUGUCAACUUCAGCAAGACCAAGAGUCUUUAUAGAGAUGGGAUGGCCCCUAUGGUGAAAUCUACAAGUAGAUCAAAAUGGCAACGGCUGCCACCUAAAAAUGUUUACUACUACCGUUGCCCGGACCAUCGGAAGAAUUAUGUGAUGUCCUUUGCGUUUUGUUUUGACCGAGAAGAUGACACUUAUCAGUUUGCUUACUGCUACCCGUACACAUACACUCGCUUCCAGCAUUACCUUGACAGUCUGCAGAAGAGAAACAUGGAUUACUUCUUUCGUGAACAGCUGGGCCAGAGCGUGCAACAGCGACAACUUGACCUCCUGACAAUAACCAGCCCUGACAACCUUAGGGAUGGAGCAGAACAGAAGGUUGUAUUCAUCACAGGACGAGUUCACCCAGGGGAAACACCAUCUUCCUUUGUGUGCCAAGGUAUCAUCGACUUCCUUGUAAGCCAGCACCCAAUUGCCCGUGUCCUGCGGGAAUACCUGGUCUUCAAGAUUGCUCCAAUGCUCAACCCUGAUGGAGUCUACUUGGGCAAUUACAGGUGUUCUCUGAUGGGAUUUGACCUGAACCGUCACUGGCUGGAUCCCUCUCCAUGGGCCCACCCUACCCUGCAUGGAGUGAAACAGCUCAUCAUCCAGAUGUACAAUGACCCAAAAAUAAGCCUGGAGUUUUAUAUUGAUAUCCAUGCGCACUCCACGAUGAUGAAUGGCUUCAUGUAUGGCAACAUCUUUGAGGAUGAGGAACGGUUUCAGAGACAGGCCAUUUUCCCCAAGCUCCUCUGUCAGAAUGCUGAAGACUUCUCCUACUCCAGCACAUCCUUUAAUCGGGAUGCUGUGAAAGCAGGAACAGGUCGUCGUUUCCUUGGUGGCCUUCUGGACCACACUUCCUACUGCUACACCCUUGAGGUCUCUUUCUACAGCUAUAUCAUUGGAGGCACCACAGCUGCUGUGCCCUACACUGAAGAAGCCUAUAUGAAGCUGGGACGUAACGUGGCGAGAACAUUUUUGGAUUAUUAUCGGCUGAAUCCCUUGGUUGAGAAAGUGGCACUCCCCAUGCCAAGGCUGAGGAAAGAAAAACCCCCUCCGUACAAGCACUCACUCCUGAGGGGCCCGACCAGCAGCAGCCCCAGUGACAAAGGGGACAAGAAGAGCUCAGUGAACCACCAAGACCUUUCAAACUCUUUUUAA